AUGGCAUCAAUUAUGAUCUUGGUCACGGUUUUUACCAUUCUUUUCACAAUUUUCAGAAUCUCUCAAGCUACGUCUCGUACAACAACCUUCCACGGGCCGUCGAUAGUUGAUAAACAUGAGCAAUGGAUGGCGAGAUUUUCUCGCAUUUAUCGCGAUGAGCUGGAGAAACAGAUGAGACGCGAUGUGUUCAAAAAGAACUUGAAGUUUAUUGAGGACUUCAACAAAAAAGGGAACAAAACCUACAAGCUUGGUCUCAAUGAAUUCGCGGAUUGGACCAACGAUGAGUUCUUAGCAACACACACUGGACUAAAGAACCUAACCAGGAUUACCCCAUCCAAGGUGGUCGGCAAGACGUCGUCUAGGAUGUCUUGGAAUGUCAGUGAUGUGGCAGGCGAGAGCAAGGACUGGAGGAGUGAAGGAGCUGUCACUCCUGUUAAAUACCAAGGCCAAUGCGGAUGUUGCUGGGCGUUUUCAGCUGUAGCAGCAGUGGAAGGUGUGGCUAAGAUCGCCCACGGUAAGCUCGUAUCUCUGUCCGAACAACAGCUUCUAGACUGCGACAGAGAGUACGACCGAGGCUGCAACGGUGGGAUAAUGUCGGAUGCUUUCAACUAUAUAAUCCAAAACCGAGGCAUCGCUUCAGAGAACGAUUACUCUUACCAAGGAUCAGAUGGGAGAUGUCUGUACAAUGCAAGACCCGCUUCACGGAUCAGUGGUUUCCAAUCAGUUCCUAGCAACAACGAGCAGGCCUUGCUCGAAGCCGUAUCGAGGCAACCCGUCUCUGUCUCGAUGGACGCGAAUGGGGAAGGGUUCAUGCAUUACUCAGGGGGAGUAUACGACGAGCCGAAUUGUGGGACCAGCUCGAAUCACGCAGUUACGUUUGUUGGGUAUGGGACGAGCCAGGAUGGGACCAAAUACUGGCUGGCUAAGAACUCGUGGGGUGAAACUUGGGGAGAGAAUGGUUACAUUAGGAUCCGUAGAGACGUGGCUUGGCCUCAAGGCAUGUGUGGUGUAGCCCAAUAUGCUUUUUAUCCAGUUGCGUAA